CGACGUCACGUCAGUAUGACAUGGGACUCGGUGGAGAGUGGUCGGUGGUAGACUGUGCUCGCAUGCUAGCCCCAGUGUUUGCCAGUGCUUCGUCGAGAUGAGACAUACCCUCCUGUCUUGGAUCAUCCCCUGGUCGGUGGUGUCAAUCGCCUGGCAGGUCGUGGGAACGCCCCCACUCCCCCCUCUGUCGCUUCCAGCGACGCACCACGGCGCCCAGGACCUGGAAAUCCUCACGUAUCACAUCCAGUCGGUGGUGAUCUCCCGCUACGCCGUCACCACCGUCACCUGCCGCAUCCGUAACCCCGCCCUCGAUGCCCAAGAGGCCUCCUUCGGCCUCCUACUGCCAACCAACGCCUUCAUCUCCAACCUUACCAUAGAAGCGGGUGGCCGAAACUAUACGAGUUUAGUACGCGAAAAGGAGGAGGCGAGACGGACGUACGAGAAGGCUCGCAGCAAAGGCCAGAACACGGCCAUCGUCCAUCAGAAAGAACGAGAGACGACCCGAUUCCGCGUGGACGUCACCGUAACGGAGCAGGACGAGGUCAUCUUCUACCUGACCUAUGAGGAGCUCCUGCAGCGUCGCCUGGGGGUAUAUUCCCACAAAGUGAACGUCCACCCGGGCUACCCCGUGAGAGACCUGUUGGUCGACAUCACGAUCCACGAAACCAGAGACAUUAGCGUUCUGAAGGUGAAGAAGGUUCCCGGGGGACACGACUUCAGGGAUGCAGUGUCGGAAUGGCGCGAGGGAGCCAAGACGGCGCGGGUACAGUACGACCCCGACCCGGAGAUGAUGCCCAGCGACGGGGUCGUCCACGGGCAACUCGAGAUCCAUUACGAUGUCGAGAGGUCCCUCGAUACUGGCGACGUGCAGAUUGAAGAGGGAUAUUUCGUCCACUUCUUCGCCCCCGUGGACCUUCAGUACACUCCGAAGCACAUCACUUUCCUGAUUGACACUUCCGGCUCCAUGGAAGGAAGGAAAAUCCUGCAGGUGAAGGACGCCCUUCGGCACAUCCUGACGGAGCUGAACGCCGGGGACACCUUCAACAUCAUCCACUUCUCCGACGGUACGGAUCGCCUGGGGACGAUGCGCUACUCAGGGACGGCGGUGAGGAAGGCCAAGAAGUUCAUCAACAGCCUCCAGGCCGAGGGAGGAACCAAUAUCGAUCUGGGCUUAAAGAUGGCGCUAGGACGGCACCGGCCUCCGCCCCAACCCCAUUACCAUCCCAAUUAUGUGCAAGCAUGUACAGUGAAAGGGAAGAGCAUUGGACGCAAACCGAACCUGUCCAACCGACCGGACUCCUUCGACCAGAACCUAGAGCACCUGGUCACAGGCUCCGUCAGACCCCACAUCAUCAUCAUGUUGACGGAUGGGCAGCCCACAGCAGGAGUGACUCACGCCACCAAUAUCCUGCGGAACGUCAGGGAGCGCAACAAGGACAAGGCGGCUGUGUUCUGCCUUGGCUUCGGGCGAGGGGCGGACAUGCAGCUUCUGGAGAGGAUAUCUCUGCAGAAUCGUGGCACCUCCAGGAAGAUAUACGAAGACGAAGAUGCCGCUGACCAACUCAAAGGGUUCUACGAGGAGCUGUCGAUGCCUAUUCUCCUGGAUGUCCGCUUCAGCUACUCUGAUGAUGCUGUUGUGCUUGACAGUGUUACAAAUACACACUUCUACAACUAUUUCCAUGGGACAGAACUAGUGGUGGCAGGCCAGACGGAAGCCGAGCAGCCGAGCGGUCUCCGUGCCAACAUCACCGGCCAGGGACGCAAUGGUCAGUUCUUCAUGGGUGUCACAGAUUGGAACACUGUCCUCCCUCCCGACCACCACUUGUUGGACCACCUGCACCUGGCUCCUACUCCCAGGAACUUCAUCAAGAGGCUCUGGGCUUUCCAGAAAGUGAAGGAUCUCUUAUCAACAGAAAAGGCAGCUAAGGGAAAUCACGAAAAAGAAGUAGCGAGGAAGAAGGCUCUGCGAAUCGCAUUGGAGCAUCACUUUGUGACUCCACUCACGUCGUUAGUCGUGGUCCAACCUGACAAAGAGAACUGCAAAGACUACGAAGAUGACGAAGAAGAAGAGGAAGCUGAGGACCAACACGCACUGACUCCUCCUGAAGAAGAGAUGACCGAUGGCAACGGGAGCGUUAGCGUCAAUCUGGACCCGCAAGAUUCUGUCGUACGGUCCUUCAACCCAAAAUCUAUCCAGGUUCUCAGUGAUCAGGGUGACUACUCGGACUCCGAUGUCGAAGGCUUCAACGAUUUCAACUACAUGAACUUUGGAUCCAUGUCACUGGCGAAUGAUAGUGGACACUCGAUAUUUCCUAGUGCGAUGAUGCUAAUAUUAUCCAUCGUCUUUCAUACUAUAGUAUUGGCACUGGGUAUACAUCUGCCCAUCAAAUGACACCUCUCCAGAGAAGGAACGACUUGAUCCAGGACGAGAAUAUGACGUAGGACUACUACUAACCAUUGCUGCUAUUACCACUUUUUAUCACUAUACUACCAAUUCCAAGGCUUUGAAAGUGUUUUAGCUUUUGCAAACUCAUAGGAUGUCCCCGGAGGAGGGACGGGCAAAGCGACACUGUUGGUCGACAAAAAAACUUAAAAAAAAAGAAUAAAUUUAUAAAUUCGUUCAGCAUCAAAGCUUCGAAACGAGAUAUAUAUAUCGAAAAUCUUUCUCCAAAAUGCCAGGGGAAGAGUUGUUUUUUUAAAUCUUGACAGUUGACUUGAUAUUCCAAUAUUAUUCCAGUUCGAAAACUUGAGUUGAAAGUAGCCAAUGUAAAUUCAAAACUUGAUCACUUGAGAAUGUGUCAAUGUUUAACAGGUUAUUAGAGGAUUUUCUCAUUCUCUCACUGUCUCUCACUCACUCUCUCGUCGUCGUCUUCUCAGAAAGACGUGAGAAGUAUUGCCUAUUUAUUGUUAGAUUUCUCGAUUAUCUCUCAAAAAUAAUAAUAAUAAUAAUAAUAAUAAUACUAAUAAACAUGUCAGUGCUCAUAGCAAUAUCGUAGUCGAGUUUGUUACAGCUUAUCGGGAACAAUAUAUAGAUUAGCUCUUUUUUAAGUGAACUGUUCUUUGUACCGUAGUUAAGAGGUCAUUAUUUUUUUGACUGCCUGCAGUAGCUACUCAACACUACUCCUAAUUGAACCUUGAGAAGAUUAAAAAAAAAAAAACAAGAAAAAAAGGGAAGUUUCGUACCAUCCCGAUAUUCCUCAUUGGGGGGAACCAUGCAGACAUUUUUUUAGAUACGAGAGAAGAAAUAAAUUUAGGUGUUACAAGCUAAGAUUGUUUUCCAUUUCUGGCUUUUACUCAUGUCGUCUCUCUCUCUCUCUCUCUCUCUCUCUCUCUCUCUCUCUCUCUGUUUUUUCUACCAUUUAGCGUGGAUUUUGUAUACACUUCCAAGAUGCUUUUUAUCACUCUUAUGACUAGUGAAGAUGUCUUGAAAAAAAAAAGAAGACAAUCCCGAAGGUAUCUUGUUACACUGCGAGGAAGCAGCCUCUCACUUAUCUUCCAAGAGUAGUUGAGGAGAUUGGCCGGAAGUCUAGGGAGGAAACCUUGGGUAGGACGCAACAGUCUCUCCCCUUGGUGUCUUCCCCUCGUCUUUGAAGUUGUCGAAUGGUGUAUAGUACUGCAAUCAAAAUUUCCCGAGUGGCCUGUGUGGUUCACGCCAAGGGGGUGUAGUCACUGAAGCAGAGUUGGGAUAAAAAAAAAACGGAUAAAAAAAGAGCACUAUUUUAUUUUUCAUGUACAUAAAACAUUUACCUGGGAUACUGCCAGUUGGUCAAGAUACAUAGGACAUUUAAACAGAAAAAUAAUAAGAGUUCGCAACACUUCAAGUGGAUAUAACUCUUCGCCGUUGUUUUAACAUUUCCUAGUGACAUUCUGAACAGGAAUAAUGACAAGGCUUCCAUAUGAUUUUUUUACAGUUAGGUGAAUUAACUCACUUUGUUUUUUGUUUUUGUUUUUUUCUGCAAGAGUGGGAGUCCACCUCUCUCGCUAAGUCAAGGGUUCAGGUUAUUUGCAGAUGAAAGAAACGAGAAGAGUUUCAAGGGCUGUCGUACCCGUCUUGUUAAGCUAGAUUUAGAAGUAGGUAUUCCCCAGUCAUUACUCUGAAGGCAGUUAAACUCUAGGCUGUAGUAAAUUCAUGAAAUACUGCAAGAUUAAGAAGCGUACAUUGCUUUGCCUCCAGAAAGUUUCUUCGGUAUUGCUAUAAAGGUUGGAAUAUUUUAGAAAGGAAAUAUUUGCUUUUUAUUUCAUUGUGUGGAGGUCGAACUUUGUGUCCAAUAGAUUUUUUUUUAUUUUUCUUUUUUUAAAUAUUUGACAUCUUCCAGUUCAUUUAUGACUUCAGUAUUGUUAUUCAUUACAGUUGCGUAGGGAAUUUUAUGAUUGAAAUACGUACAUUGUUCUCAGUUAUUCUGGUUAGUUUAUAAACAUAUAUAGACUAUAUGGAUAUAUGUAUAUACAAACAGUCGACCCCUGUGAUUCACGGGGGAUGCGUACCUCAACCCCCCGCCCCCCCAAA